GCGGGGAGGUUGCCAAACGCCAUCUUUAAACCCCACAAGAGGCCAGCUACAGUUGCACCGGGAUGAAAAACACAAUCCUUUUAACGGGAUAUUUGGUCACAUCGUGAAGAUUAUAUGUUCGUUUCCUGGUCAAGUUCUUAUUAAAGAAUUGUCCGAUGGGACAGUGAGACAACGGACACAGGGAACCACGAAUGCCUGAAAAUGUUGCUUUCAUAGGCAGACAACAACAAUAGACGGAAAGACAACAACAACGGCUAGCUCGCUAGCAGCCUGCUAGAUUUUAGCUAACAUUAGCCACUUCACUAGCAGUUGCGCUGAAAUUUACCAGAACACGGAUUGUAGCGGUUCCAUAUUUUGCGCUACCUGUGGCGGACGGCCCUUCACUUCUUGGUACUUUUAAGACCAGCUUUAUGUGAAAACAACGGUGUUGCUCUUACUAGCUUGAGAGCUAAGUCCCGACUUUUUCCCUCUCCCCCGUGGCCCAGCCGGAGAUGCGUGGAAGAUGUCGGUGUCGGGGCUCAAGGCCGAACUGAAGUUUUUGGAGUCGAUUUUUGAUCCAAACCACGAACGAUUCAGGAUAAUCGACUGGAAGCCUGACGAACUGAGCUGUCAAUUUAACGUAACUGGAGAGAAGCUGUUAAUUAUCCAUUGUAACAUAACGGAGUCUUAUCCUUCGACGCCACCAAUAUGGUUCGUAGACUCUGAUGACCCGAGCUUGGCACAAGUUUUGGAGCGAUUGGAAGAUGUCAGAAAAGGCAGCACCCUGCUUUUGCAGCAGUUAAAAAAGCUCAUUUGUGACCUGUGUCGCCUGUACAACCUUCCACAACAUCCUGAUGUGGAGAUGCUUGAUCAGCCCCUACCUGCAGGGCCUGUGGGACAAGACCGAAAGCAUGGUACUGAUGAAGUCACAUCUGAAGAGGAAGAGGAAGAAGAUAUGGGAGAGGACAUCGAGGACUUGGACCACUAUGAAAUGAAAGAGGAGGAGCCUGCAGACGGAAAGAAAUCCGACGAUGACGGCAUUGAGAAGGAGAACUUGGCUAUUCUGGAAAAGAUCCGGAAGAACCAGAGACAAGACCACCUGAAUGGUGCAGUUUCUGGUUCAGUACAAGCGUCCGACCGCCUUAUGAAGGAGCUCCGAGAGAUUUAUCGGUCUCAGAGUUACAAGUCAGGCAUCUAUUCAGUGGAACUUGUAAACGACAGUCUGUAUGAAUGGCACGUCAAGCUGAGGACGGUGGAUCCAGACAGCCCUUUACACAGUGAUUUACAAGUCUUAAAAGAAAAGGAAGGAAUGGAUUACAUUUUACUAAAUUUCUCAUAUAAAGAUAAUUUCCCCUUCGAUCCACCAUUUGUCCGGGUUGUGUCACCUGUGCUUUCUGGAGGUUACGUUCUUGGAGGAGGCGCCCUGUGCAUGGAGCUUCUCACCAAACAGGGCUGGAGCAGUGCCUAUUCCAUUGAGUCUGUCAUCAUGCAGAUUAACGCCACUUUAGUCAAGGGAAAAGCCAGAGUACAGUUUGGAGCCAAUAAGAACCAGUAUAAUCUUGCCAGAGCACAGCAGUCUUACAAAUCCCUGGUUCAGAUUCAUGAAAAGAACGGCUGGUACACACCCCCUAAAGAGGACGGCUAAAAGAUACUGUUGCCUUUUCUGCCCUGGGACCAUGCAUUUUAGAUUCUGCUUUCCUAUCGACCAAUUUUGUUUUGAUCCUGCAAGUGGUUUUGUUCUCUGCCAGACAGUUUGAACUCCAAACCAAACUCCUCACCCAGAAACUAGCACACACAUAUAUAAAUAUAUAUAUAUAUAUAUAUAUAUAUAUACUGUAACGGGUGCCCCCCCCCUCCCCCUCAGAUGCUCAUUCUUCUCCACAUUGUUGUAUGAUGCAAUCAAACUUUUUAUUUUAAAUGUAAUGUUGAUUCUUCAACCCAGGACGUAGGACUAAACCUCAUGCAGACUUGCCUUUUGCUUUUGGCAUUGAGCAUGUCAGCUACUUGCAGGUUUUGAGUUGAAAAGUUCAGCAUGGCUUCAUCCUCCAGCUCCCGGCUGCUCUGGCCGCGGACCGGAUCAGAGACCGGCACGUGACAUUUCUGGACACGAUUGGCUGGGAAGGACCAAACGAAAAUUACCGUGGGGUGGGGGGCUGCUGCAUUUCUUUUCCUCUCUGUGGACCACCUCUAGUACUCAUCUUUUUAAUGCUUUGAAAGGAAAAGGGUCAAACCAUUUUGAGGCCCGUUAUCUUUGAAAGCUGAAAACCCCCAAACAAGAUGGGAACGAGAUGAAGAAACAUUUUUGUUUUUGUUUUUUUGAACGAGGCCCGUGUCUGAAGACCAGCACAGAUGGGCUUUAAACCUGACUUUAAAACUUGGAGACCUCCGUCAUCCCACCACCACCACCACCAUCCGGCUGGAAACCUGCAGGAGAGGUUUGGCGUAGCAGAACGUGAUCGGGGCAGUGCAGAGCCGUGGUAGAAAUGUAGUUGAUUUUAACUCCACUGUAUAACUGUAAAUUUGUAUUUCUGCAAAAAAAAAAAGAAAAAAAAAGAUUUAACUGUUUAUAUUGUAACAUUGUCUAGGUCUUUGGCUGGGCAGAGACUGUAUUGCUAUAUACACUUCUCUUUUUAGGGCACUGCAGCUUCUCAAUGCCCGUUUAAAAUUCAAGGAAAGAACGUUGCCUCGUGAAUACUCCUUAAAUAUCUAAAUGAAAGGAAACAUUUUUAUAUUUAAGUCUAAUGACUACUGCAGUUUUGUUCUUUUUUUUUUUGCCCCUUAUUUCUCCCAAACAUGACAGGACCACCUCCUAGUUUGAUAAUGAGCCGUAGAGAAAGCUUCCAGGUUGAGUGUUGAACUGAAUGAAGUUUCAAGUCCCCCUGGUUUAGUUCUUUGAUCUGGUCGUUCAUCCAGACCACCUUGCCAGUUCUCUGUCUGGGACUCCAAAGUGUCCUUCUAACUCGCGCCCCCCCCCACCCCCCACCACCACCACCACCACCUCGUGGCUGUUUAUAGAAAGUCUCAGAAGAUCAGCAAUAUCCUGCAUCGUUUUACCUUCCAUCGUCACACCUGUCCAGAGCAGCCAGGCUCUCUUUGGUUGACAGAGUAUUGGUUCAGAUUUGCCACAGGACAGACUUGGCUCUUCCCAUCACCACCUGCCUGGUUACUAUUCAUGACGACUCUCAGCGCCGCCGUACCCCUCAGGGCGCCGCGGCUUUGAUGUAAUGUGAAAAAUAUGCAGGAAAGCGCGCAAAGCAUUCCAAUUAAUGCAGUUACAUGUUUGUUGUGGGUGUUCUGUUUGGUUACUUGCAUUGUUUUGAGUAUAUUGUCCUGAUAGCCAACAUAUAAGACUUCAUUGUACUAUUUUAUACACACAGCCCUCAUCUGAAUGGUGUUGACCUCACUUGCAUCAGAUGUUCAGUCCCAUUUUUGUUUCGAUUUUUAGGAUUGAAUCAACUCUCCCUCUUCAGCAAACCAUGUGUUUGGCAUGGCUGUGGGUUGUUCUGACCCAUGUAGGAAACGACCCAUCUCCUUGUUUUGUUACAUUAAGCCCACGCCUGCAUUAUUGGUUAAAAAUAUAUAUAUAAAAUAUAUAUUUAAGUCAAAUAACUCAGGAAUACAAACUGCACACUCAUUUCUGCAACAGACUGGUUCAGAAUAUUACCAAGAUUGAAUGUGUUCUGGAUUUUUCCCCGUUCUCCAUUAAGAAAGUCUACCUUUGUUUUUAGUUUUUACCUGUUACCAGCUGUGUUCUGCUGCUGCAUUCCACACGGUUUCUGAGGAAACGCAUCAAGAGUUGGACAGAUGAAAGAUGUGCCGUGUAGAUCACGCCCAACCCUCAGACCACCCUGAGCUUUGAUGAUGGGAUCCGAUCCCGUCAAGCUUUUUCUCUUUGAUAUUGCUGUAAUGUGCAUGACAGAAUACCGUGGAGUGGUUCCGCUGGGUGACUAGAAAGCCUUCAAAAACGUCCCAUCUUUUCAUGUCACUGUUUGUGUUGUCUCCCACUGCAUCAGCGCACAAGUCCGAUUUCAAGACGCACACGGCCCGUCUGGUUGGCACUCACUCGGAUUCGAUGUAAAAAGGUGGUUUGUUGGGUCACAAAAGCGGCUUUAAUCUGCUUUAAGAUGCUCAGCUUAGGAAAUCUGGAGCCUUAGAUUCUGCAAAACAGUUUGUCCGUACAUGUUUGACUAACACAGUCGUCUCUGUCUAAAGCGGCCCUGGUCUAAGAACUGAACCAGCCUGAUUCUGGUCCUAUACCUUGCUUCAUUAACAAUGGUGGCCGGGUUAUAAAGUGAUGCACUGAAAGCAUGCUUUGGUUUGGUUUCCUUUUCUCAUUGCAAGGGUGAUUUUGACAAUGUAAAGUAAUUUGUAAACUUGCAUCAAGUUUAUGAAUAAAGACUUUUAUGAAACAAA